AUGGUGUUCUUUCCACCACCCCUGUCGCCUUAUUCCCAUCAGACGGGCAGCCUGAAAUCCAUCCACUCGGCAGGGGCGGGAAGAUGCUCGGCUCCUCUUCUCGCGUGGCGUGGUCUCAAGAACCCCUGUCCUCUCAUGAGUACCCCUCAGACCGGUGAAAUACAAUUCAGCACGGGUGCAGCCCACUUCCUCAACUUUCCUCUCACCGAGUCUUCUCACUUCAGCCUCGACUCCUUCGAACUGACCGACCGACCGACCAGCACAGGAUACGCCAAUCGCCAGUACCAGAGUCUCUAUCGGCACGCUCUCUGA